AUGUCGGUCUUGAAAAUACAAAUUUAUUCACCUCAAAAGAGAGACGAUGCAUUUUGGCAGAAACUUUAUGGAGCAGUUAAAAAGGAACUUGAAGUUUUAAAGUUUGAUGCUAAGUUGACUGGUGUUUCUGCUUCAUCCUACAGCAAAGGGCACAGAUGUGACUAUGCCUUCAUUGACCCUACUCAAUUUUUGGUCAAUUCUGUAACAAUAAGAGUCAUGGAUACUAAAAGUGCAAGAAGUGAAGAAGCAGCACAUUGUGCAGAAAAUGCAAUUGCAUCCGUCUUUGAUGACGAAACUAAAAAUGAAUGUUGUGCAACUGAAUAUAUCACAUUAUAUCCAAGACAACCAACUGUCCCAAAUAAUCAUUUCAAUGAAGAUGUGUCUUCAUUGAAUAGCCUGGAGGACCUUUUAUCCUUUUCCGGUAUUACAUCUGCUGGCAGUAGUAAUGGACCUGUGAAAAGACACUUUGAUGAUGAUGUUGAGUUUCCGGAUUCAAAGCGUUUAAAACGUGAAGCACAAACAUCGUCCACAACAAGUGUAAUUCCAAGUAUACUGCCCACAUCUAAAUUCCACCAACCAAUCAGCUCUCCUGUUAAUGGUGGCUUAGUUUUACCUAGCAGUUCCAGUAUCACUACACUACCAUUACCAAGCCAAUCAAGUGCUGCUACAGGCUUGAAUCCACUUCAUAUACAUGUACCCACUGCAACUGUUGUGAGUCAACCAUUACCGCACCAUUCACUGAGUCUAAGUACUGCCACUGCUAGUCUUUUCCCUCCUUCUUUAUCAACAAUUGCUUCUAUUCCAAGAUCUUUGACUAACGAUUUGACGCUUCCUACUGGUACGCUUGGUCUUUCUGUCCCUAAUCAAGUGAAUCAUGUAGUUACUCAAGCACCAUUGAAGCUAUCUGUUAGUCAGGCUCAGUCAAAACUGCAAGCUGGCUCUGUUGAGUCUACAGUGAAGACUUCUACACCAUUUCCUAUGCCUCUUUCUACCACAUCAACCAUUAAUAGUCCCUCAAUUGUCACUCAUUCUUUGUCCAAUUCUACAUCUUCCAGCAACAACUUGCCAUCUCUUACUGGUUUGCAGGUGACUGCACAAACUCAAGCUAACGUGCUUCGUGCCGUGUACAGUUAUAGGAUUCAACGUAUUCAAGAAUUUUUGAACUCACUUCCGCCUGAUCAGCGUCCCACUACAACGAAUGAACUCAAGGACUUGCUCAUUAAGAAUAACAUACUAGCUAAAGCCCUUCCUCCUGAUAUGAUUGCUAAUUUACAGCAGCAAGUUGCUUCAGCAGCAUCAUCUACUGCUGCUACUGUGACAGCUACUGUCAAUGGAAUGCCUGUUGCUACUACGACCAUUUCUCCUUCACUUGUCACUGCUACCACUAACACCCAAUCAAUCAUUAAUCCUGUUGCCACUCCUAAUAUUAGUGCUCUCUCGUCGAUCAGUAUAGGAUCAACUCCAAUCAGUCAUACUCCACCAUUAGGACUGGCAGCAUUAGGUGGAGGAGGAAUAGGAGGACAAACUUCAGUUGGGCUGGCAGCAACAGUGAGCAAGCAGACAAGCUCAGGAGGACAGUCAACAUUAUCAGUGGCUACAUCAAGCACUGGUACCAUCACUAGCUCUAUUGGAUCAGCUCCUACUGGCCCUUUGCCAGGAGUUACACUGGAGACUCUUAGAACACUUUGUAGAUUACCUGAAGCAGAUCUGGUCCGUAUUCCAAUGCCACCGAUGCUUCUCACUGUAGUUCAGUACAUGAGAGCUAAUAAAUGGAGUGGGAGCAGUUUUGAUCUUCCAAAUUUAAUCCAGCAAGCUCAAGAUGGUCUUGCUAAAGGGAAAAUCACGACAGCUAGUCCUCAACCACCAUUUCAAACUAGCCCUGCAUAUUCUUCUGGUGUGAAGGCAACAUCAACACCACAGCAACUCAAGCAGCCUCAAUCUUCUACCAGUGCACUACAGCAACAGAAAACCAAUAAUUCGAGUCCUUUAUCUCAGUAUAUGGCGAGUGUUGGUAUGAAAAUGCCUCCUACAACAAUAGCUAACAGCAGUCAGACUAAUAAAUCUCCACUAACAGUAGCCAAGCCAUCACUGCCACAGAAUUCCAAUAGUCGCAAUUUCCCAAAUAAAACUGCACAAGAAAAUAUUGAGAAGGAAAGAAUCAGUGCUCUUCAGAAAGUUCUACAAUCGUCAGAGGAAGCUAGGAUUGCCUUUAGAUUCCAGGCUCACUUGGACAAGCUUCAUCAGCAGAUUUCUUCUCCCGAGUUAGAGCGACCGUUUUCCACUUGGCAAGAUCUCAUACUCCGUCUACUGCCGUAUCAUGUUUACCGGGAGCCCGAGCUUCCCUCGGGUGCAAUGGAAAAAGCUGAUGCUGUGUAUGAGGGCAUCGCUGGUGUGCUGUUAUCACGCAGUCAAGGACUAAUGAACCAGUUCCAGCAAAUAUUGUUGAGAGAAGAACAGAGGCAGAAUAAUGAUGACAGUGCCAGUAUAGUCCUAAGGAGGUUGUGGCUAGAAGGAGAGAAGGAAAGAAAGGAGGAAGAGGAAAGGCAGAAGAGAGAGGCAGAGCAAAUAGCUGCCGAGCUCAGUGCUGUCGGUAGUGGCACCAGUGCUUCAUCGUUCCUUGAUUCUGACCCGUUCAUGCUAGACUCAGAUCCAUAUAAUGAUUAUCCGUUCCUCGACCAAUUCUGGGGCGAAGCCAGUGAUGGACUAGGCAGUUUAAAUGAAUUUAAUUUAGGCAUCACAUGAUCACUCUCAUGUUUUUAUGUUUUGUUAAUUUUAAUGUUAUUUAUUCUAUUCUCUCUUCUUAUUUUUACAAUUAAA